CUCAUCUCAACGACACGCCCGAAAGAAGGCAAGAUGGCGGAGGGUCGAAGGAAGCGGACUUUCUCCUCUUGUUCGACUAUUUCUUCUGACGACUAUAACGACGCUAGCGAGCAGAUAGUCGAAGAUGUGACUCUAGAGUUCUUCUACAAGCCCCGUUCGCUUACCGCUCUUUGUUGCCUGUUUCUAUAUCUGGUGUAUUCAGCUUUUUCGAGGAAUCCAGAUGCAACUCGAGAUGAAAAUAUUUACAGCGGUGUGGUGUCUCUUAUUGUGGUGUUUCUUGUUCUCAGUUUUCUUGUCAUGCCAAAUGGYCCUUUUGUCAGACCACAUCCUGCAGUUUGGAGAUUGAUAUUUGGCUGCAGUGUGCURUACCUCAUGUUCCUGUCAUUUGCUUUGUUUCAAACAAGAGAAGAUUUUAGGAAGAUUCUAUUCUUUUUUGAUCCAAAGCUAGAAGGUGUAGGAGAAGAUACUCAGGUCAGGAGAUGUUCAAAGUACAUGUUUAUAAUUUAUAUUUUUAUCACAACUAUGUACUGCUCACUGUGUUUAGAUACUUGUUACAAGCUUAUUUCCUUUUAUUUCAGGGAUAUUCAUUCAACAACUGGAAAAAUUCACAGAGCAGUAAUGCAAUUUACCCCUGUUAGCUGGACCCAUGUCCGAUGGAUGGAUCCUAAAUGUUCAUACAUGCGCUACUUAUCUAUAUGUGUAUUACUAUUUGCAUCACAGGUUAUUGAACUGAAUACAUUCUUCUUAAAACACAUUCUUCUCAUUCCUACUCGUCACUGGUUAAACUGGUUGAGAAUAUUCCUUAUCAGCUUGAUUGUUGCACCUACACUCAGACAGUACUACAGCUAUGUAACAGAUACAAGAAGCAAAAGAGUUGGUACUCAAUGUUGGGUUUUUAUUGCUAUUAUGCUUAUGGAGGCUUUGAUAUGCAUCAAGUAUGGACUCUUCCUCUUUAAAAAGACUGAAAUCACACAGAUUGUUGCUUGGCUGAUCUUCCAGAUGGUAAUCAGCAUGGGUGUUUUAUACUUUAUGGUCAUGACCAAGACUAAGGGUGGAAAGAAAGCGGUGAGAGCAGCKAUUAUGGAAAAAGUCCGGUUCUUUAAAAAAUUCGGCUCACGACAAAAGAGUCUUGAAGAAAUCCCGGCCGAUGACUCCACAAGUAAAACUAUCCACUACCUUCGAACUAACGGCACAGUAGUAGACGACGAACACUUUGAGAAUUCCGACCAGKCUCUCCACAAGAGAUCCAACGGAGUUCACAUGAACGGUCACCAUGUCGAAUUCUCUAAUGGAAAUGCUAAAAGAAAGCUUGAUAAAGAUCACUUACAUCCUUCAAGUGCAGAGCGUGCUGGUAAUACAGGGUACAAGACACGUUUGAGAUCACGGAAGUCUCAAGCUGGUGUCAACUGAUUCUGUGAUUGAUAUUCAAUGUUUCAGUUUUGAAACAUGCUGUACAGCUAUUCAAAAAAGGUUGUGGGAGUGAAUGAGAAUGCACGACCGAAAGUUAUUAUAUAUUAUAUUUAUCGUGGGCUUCAGAAAUGAUAGAUACUUCGAUCCGUUUCAAGAAUAUUCAAUGAAUAGUUGUUUGGUUCGCUCGUGUUUAUAAAAAAAGUGAAUAUUAAUUAUCCAUCCCAUAGUAACUUGAGGUCGUGCAAUCGCCGUUCUCUUCGCCAACGCUUUUUGUGAUGGCUAUAUUAUUAUUAUGCUUGUUUGCCCUGUGAAUGUCCUUAUGAAUUCCGAGAUUAUACCGUUUUGACAGAUAAUUAUUUCGCUGAUUGAUUGAUAGACUGACUUAUUAAUUGACUGACUGUCUGGUUGAUUUUUUUGAUUGAGUUAUUAAUCGUUGAUAGACUGAUUGACGUUGGUUGAUUCAUUAACGGUCUGACGGCUGCCUGGUUUCCUGACACACUGAUUGGUUGAUUGAUUGAUUAGUUUAUCGAUCGUUGAUAGACUGAUUGACGUUGGUUGAUUCAUUAACGGUCUGACUAAUUGGUUUACUGAUUUAUUGAUUGAUUGACAACUAUUUAGAUAUUUAUUUGUAGUUAGACCUGUAGUUAGUCAUCAUUAAUUUAAAUCAUCCAUAUUUAUUUGAUCAACUCAAAAACCUAGAAAUUUUAUAACAUAGUAGCAUUACUAACAUUUGUGUGGCAAUAUAUGAUUUUAUGUGAGAAAAAAAAAAGAUUUUAUGUGAGAAGCCCGCAUUUCUUUUACGUCUGGAAAAUAGUAUCAAAAAAUCCCCAAGUUAUUUUGAAAAAUGUAAAAGCAAAACUGAGAAAGAAAACAAAAAGCAACUUGCUGUGAUUCAGUCGAAACAUCAGUGAAACUAAAUCUCUCUGACACCAAAAGUUUCGAUACCAAUUCAUAACRUUAUUUUUCUUAGCUUAUCUUUAUAAUUUCUGUGUGGUUUACUUCCAAAGUAUGAGAAGACCUUUGGUGUAUGUAAUAUUUUUUCGAUAGAAUAUGUAAUAUAUUUUGCACUUUGRAACGAAACUCGAGAGGUAGCACAACCAUUUUACUAAUUCUUGAAUUCUUUUAGCAAAAGAUAGCAUUAGUGUUCAAACAUCCAAAGUACUGUACUUAUAGAAAAACGAUAUCUAUUUUAAAUAAGCUAAUAGAAAGAGCUUUAUUUAGUUACGGAUCACCACUGUAAAAUAUAGUGCUCGUCAACGAACUACAAUGAGUGCAAACACAUAAGGGCCUGCUUGUUCACACUACGACAUAAGCAUGUCAAACAAAAGAAAGGAGAAAGGAAUGAAGUCAAGCGUGCAUCGAUAUAAGCAUAGCAAGUAACAUAUAAGGCAGAGCAUAAGAUAAUCAAAAAUAAAGGAAUAAACAAAAAAGCACCUUCCUUUUUGUCUUCUUAAUCCUUAAACCCUUUUUUUAUGGAGAUUGUGCUUAUGUUGCACUAUGAACUGGACCUAAAGCCACGAAAAACUUAAGUUUGAAAAAUUGUAAUAGAGCAAACCGCUCUGGACUCGUUAUAUUUUUGUUCUUUGAAUUAAAGCUGUUAGAUUGAAGUCAUUAAACCAGUACAACAAAAUUUGACUAUGAAAGCGUUGUGAUAGUCAAAGAGACACAAAAUAAAACAAUGCAAUUAUAGAGCRUACKAUAAAUGGAAGUUAGUGUAAUAUCUAUUKCCGGCACGGGUUUUUUGACUUCAUUCUAUUGCCUGGAAAAGUCAUACUAGUUUUAUUUAUACUCGAGAGAAAAUAUUCGUUAAUCGUUAUUCAUAUAUAAUGUCAUAGAAUAGCGUAGUAUAARAUGUAAUAUAUUGCGAUAGUUGAUUGGAUUGUAUAUUUGAGACCAAUAUUGGUAUGCUAUUAAAGAAAUGAAAAAG